AUGCGACGGUCUGCUGCUCGGUCUGCCCGGUUAACGGUGCUGGGCAGCUCGAAUCCUAGCUCGGGCAUCUUCUCCUCUGCCGUCUCUGAACGCCGUUUCCUCAACUCCAGCGCUAUCAAGAAGUAUCGUAUUGACCAGGCAAAGGCGAUGGAAGCAGACAGAGAAAUCAUGGAUUCCGGCUCUUUGGAUACCCUCAGGACCCUUCAAAACCUUGCAAAUGACGACGAAUUCGAUGCGUCUGAUCUUGUGUCUCAAGAAAACAUAACGAGCAUUGCCGACGUGCUGGAUGGUACUCGCAGAGCAGAGAUAAGUCAUGCUGGAGGAGAUUUUGAGGACGUAGAGGGGCUUUUGGAGCAAACGAAGCCUUCCCGAGCUCGAUACCACGACUGGCGAACUCGUCGAGAACGGACACAAACUCGAGUGGACGCAUUUGCGAUUCAAGCGCCGCAGAUGCUCCAAGCAUAUCUCCGUUUUUGUGCUGAUGACCCAUCGACUACGCCCUUACCCAACCAGGAGGAUGCUGACUUGUACCGUCUUACCGUCAUCGAAAUGUUUGAAACCAAAUAUAAUCAAGAGAUCUGGCUGGACCCCAGUGCUGGCGGCAUCGCGUCAGCGCUCAUUGCUCAAGGGCUUAUUCCAUGCGCGCCAUGGUCUCCCAGCCUUGCAAUCUCCUUCAAAACUCUGAAGUUUUAUCGCGUCGCCCACGCCCGAUGCCCUCAAUACACAAUCAAUGCCUUCGUUCAGACUUUGAACGAUUUACACGGUUUCUUAUUCUGCGAGAAUGUCGCAGUGCCGCCCCGUCGAGCGCAGGCCGAUGAUGCCAACUAUGUACCAGGGCGAACGAAGGCGCAGAUCCAAGAACGUCAUGCUACUGAUCAGCUGGAGCGGGACACCAAGGCUGUCGAAGAGCUUGAACUUAAACUGGACAUCGUUCAACGAUGGAAAGUUGACGACACCCAGUACCAACAAGCGGAGAAGGAUGCUCUAGCCCUCCAAUACCGUCAAACAGUAGAUCAUCUGGAGUUGUUGGUUGUACAGAGGCUUUUGGAGCUGUCGAAGCUACAUCGUUCGGAGACAUGUUACAAAAUGCGGACUCAUUUGGGAAAGUCUAUUCAAGUCCGUUCCAAGACCGUCCGAGCAGCUGUCGAGAAAUACAAUCUACUCGCAGUCUUGCAAGACCCGCCAAAACCCACACUUGAAUGGAAGGACGUUGCAACACACACUUUCCUUUCCGAGUUCAACUUGCUACGUGAUAGUACCCACAAUGUACAGCAACAACGAUGGGCGCGGCCCGUUUAUUGUGACCUUAUGCAUCGCUAUUACAAAACCCUGCGGGCUCAGGAGGAAAUUCUGCGCUUGAAUGUGGAAAUCCGUCGGUUGAUGACCUGGAUGCGGGAUAACUACGAGUUCUUGAAGGGUGUGGAGGCUUCGUUGCGGGAUUUGUCCGGAAAAUCGCCUGAGCAAGCGCAGCAAGACCUUCUCCUUGCUGUUCAACUGGCAGAGUACACAUCUCUCCGACACCGUUUCGACGAAACACACAGGGAUCGUUUCAAAGCUCUAGCCAAACAAGAUGGCUUUACUGGGUCACUCGCCUACGGUGAUGCCGUACGACCUUCGGUGGUGCCGGACAUGAUGGACCUGGAUGUGGACAUUCUGUAUACGCUGCCGGUGGAUGACGCGGAUAGCAUGCCAGAUAUCCAGGGCUAUGACCCUGAUGACGAGGACUCGGAUGAUGAAGGAGAUGACGCGCGCACGAUGCAUAUAUAUCUGAUAUCACCUACUACUUGGCUGGUAUUGGGUUGGAUGAAGAGGAGCGUGGGGCAUGGGACUAGUAAGCCAAGUAUUGUAUUUGUCAGAAAUUUUCGAAAAAAUUUCCUUUUUUGGUUCAUCUGGUGA